CUUUACACGACCACGCAUCUCGAAAGUACAACACGAAACCGAUGUAAUUCUUAAGCUCCCUCCAACAUUUACAUCGUAUGGGUCAUUUACAAUCUCAUACAGCAUAAUCGCCACAACUGCACAGUCAGAAAUAUGAUGUCUUUUUCUCCCGCACCCAUUUUCUCCGGGUCUUGGGACCAUCGCCCUGCUGUCUCAUCGCCGCUCUCUUCCUCACCUGUGCGCGCAUCAUCGCCACUCUCACCAAUUGACAGAAACGUGUGUCCGCAGCGUCAAAUUCAAUCUUCUCCUAUCAAGCCCCCAAAGUUCAAAUUUGCUUCGCGUCCCACUCGGCCAAACCCAGUGAACAAGAAGCGGGAUGAGCUACAAGAAGGAAGACGGAAGGUCUUCCUCCAGAAUGUGCGACAGAGCCGUGAAGACAAGGCCUGGCAACGUAGAGAUAUAGAGGGACAGUUUCUGAAGACAAAUUAUCUUGCCGACCGAGGACAGCUGUCUCAUGAUGCUCCUGACACUACUGAGGCGGAUAUCGAGGACGCCAUGACUUUCUACCAAGAGCAACCUCCGAUUCCGGAACAAGACGAGGAUGAAACGAUGAUGGAUGAAGAAGAGCAGCUCGAAGCGAUGCUUGCAUCCUAUGAGGAACAGCAGAUGGCUUCUUCACAACGGCCACCCUCGCCUCCGCUAUCAGACGAAGACUAUGAUGAUGUCUUUGCCGAGCUCAUAGCGCAAGAACAGUUCAAACAGAAUAAACCGCCCCGACCCCAAGACCAGAUGGAUACUUCUGGAGACAUUGAGAUGCAAUAAUGUUCUUUCUUUGUUCUUUCCUUUUACUAUUUCUUUUUUCCUAUUCAGUACUUUACGCGUUUGCUCGCUUGGCGUUGGGGUUGAUCGGAUCACCCAGGAAGGGACACGGCGUUCAGGAAGUGCCAGUGGAUAUCGUCAGAUGUGCACACCUAUUAUUUUGAGAAAGGGUAUAUAGAUGGCUUGGGAGCAAUACCCAAGUUCCUUAUCUACUGAGGGUUGCAGGCUUCAUCUCCUGGAUUGAGGGCAUCUUGUGCCGACUGCAUGUCCCCAACUAGAUCGGAAGGGGGUGAUCCUGCUGCUUGCAUCUAGACAACUUGUCAGUGAUAUAAAUCUCACCAGUGAGAAUAACACGCAGAUGAACCAAACCUUUUGCAUCUUAUCCACAAUGAACUCACGGUCCGUCGCAUUGGAAUCCGAGUACGUCUUCUCUUCGAACUUGGCCACUAUCUCUCGUACAAUGGACUGUUG